CUGGGUAGAGAUGCCACUCUCGCCUCCUUUUGGAUAGAGGACUGCAGGAGGCUGGAGCACCUCAAGGAGCCGCGUCCCGGUCCCAGAAGAUGCUGGGAACAAUGAAAUAAGAAUUCCUGCGGUCCGCCCGAAGCCACGAUGUUGACGCGACUUUUCAGCGAGCCCAGCCUGGUCCCCGAGGUCCCGAAAUUCGGCGGCUGGGCCGAGGAGUGCGAGGACGAUGCCCGCAGCGAGAAGGAGGAGCGGGCGGGGAAGGGCUGCGCCCUCCCCGAGGAGCCGCCCGAGGGGGAGAGCAAGGAGGAAGGGGAGCUAGGCGGGGACGAGGAGGAGGAGGAGGAGGAGGAGGAAGGUUUGGAGGAGGCGGAGGGCGAGCGGCCCAAGAAGCGCGGCCCCAAGAAGCGCAAGAUGACCAAGGCGCGUCUGGAACGCUCCAAGCUGCGGCGGCAGAAGGCGAACGCUCGGGAGCGGAACCGAAUGCACGACCUGAACGCGGCCCUGGACAACCUGCGGAAGGUUGUGCCCUGCUACUCCAAAACCCAAAAGCUCUCCAAAAUCGAGACCCUUCGCUUAGCCAAGAACUACAUCUGGGCUCUGUCGGAGAUCCUCCGCUCGGGCAAACGGCCCGACCUGGUCUCCUACGUGCAGACUCUGUGCAAGGGGCUCUCGCAACCCACCACCAACCUGGUGGCCGGUUGCCUGCAGCUCAAUUCCCGCAACUUCCUAACGGAGCAGGGCCCCGAGGGCGGCCGGUUCCACGGCCCCAGCGCCUCCUUCGCCGUGCACCCUUACCCCUACCCCUGCUCGCGGCUGGCCGCGGCGCAGUGCCCGCCCGCCGCCGGUCCCGGUGCCCACGGGCUGCGGACACACGGCUACUGCGCCUCCGCCUACGAGAGCCUCUACGGGAACGCGUCCCCCGACUACAACAGCUCGGAGUACGACGGCGGCCUCAGCCCCCCGCUCUGCAUCAACGGCAACUUCUCCCUCAAGCAGGACUCUUCCUCCCCCGACCACGACAAAAGCUACCACUACUCUAUGCACUACUCGGCGCUGCCCGGCUCCCGGCCCGCCGGACACAACCUGGUCUUCGGCUCCACGGGGGUACGCGGGGGGGUCCACUCCGAGAACAUCUUCCCCUACGACAUGCACCUCCCGCACGAACGGGGCCCCAUGUACGAGGAGCUCAACGCCUUCUUCCACAACUGA